CAUCAUCGCUCAACCCGACUCGGCAGCUUUCCGCCGACAUCCAUCUAUCAUCUAUCCCGCGGUGCAGACGGGAACCUGGCCGACCUCCACGCCAAGGCCCUCCACUCACUCUUACAUACACGCGAAAUCGACGACUCCCCUCCCUCGCGUAACCCGACACAAGCGGCUCCGACCCCCAAUGACGCCGCGACGCCAAUGACCGACUCGAGCUUCCUACAGGCGCAGCAGCGCGUCGCCGCCCGCCGGCAGGCCCGCGAGGCCCAAGCCGCCGCCCGGCUGGCCGCCCAGCGCGAGUCGUCGCGCGCCGCCCAGCAGCUGCAGCGGCUGCCCUUCCCGCUGAACCGGCUCGCCGACGUGGUCGGCGCCGCGUCGUCGCGUGAGGGCACCCGGCCGGCGUUCCGCGUGGCCCAGGUCGACGCCGAGCUUCUUGAUGAAGAGCUCGUCGACCUGCUGCGCGGCCAGGUCGGCGAUGCGCUGCGCUACUUCGCAGGCGGCCACCUGCACGACGACUGGUCCGCCGAGAUCAUGCUGGCGCUGCGGGCCGUGCUUUUCAAGCUCACCGUCUGGGAUCACGAUGCCACCUAUGGCGCUGCGCUGCAGAACCUCAGGUAUACGGAUGCGCGGCGCGUGGGGCCCGUCCUCGUUCCGCCGUCGCGCGCUCAGAAAUCCCUUUACGGCCUCAUCACCGUCUUCGGCAAGUACGCGUGGACGCGGUGGGAGGACUGGCUGCUGGAGCAGGACGACGGCCACAGCCAACCGAGCGCGCGAGUGCGCCUCCUCUCGCGGUGGACGUCGCGGCUUUCGACGGUGCACUCGGCGGCCGCCUUGGCCUCUUUCCUCAUCUUCCUCCUGCGCGGCCGUUACCGCACACUACUGGACCGGAUUCUGCGGAUGCGGCUGGCCGCGCCGACGAGUCAGGUCAGUCGCGAGGUAUCGUUUGAGUACCUCAACCGGCAGCUUGUAUGGCACGCCUUCACCGAGUUCCUGCUCUUCGUGCUGCCACUCAUCGGCAUCAACCGCUGGCGGCGAUGGCUCAGCCGCACCUGGCGCAAGACUAAGGAGAUUAUCCACACGGGGCCAGCAUCCGGAGACGGCGGCGGCGGCGUGUCGGCGCGUGGCGAGUAUGCGUUCCUGCCGGAGCGGACGUGCGCCAUCUGCUACCAGGACCAGAACGACGCGGCGACGACGGAGACGGAGGUGCUGGCGGCGGCGUCCUCGUCGGGCGGCGUCAUCGGCAGCGCACAGACGGACGUCACGAAUCCGUACGAGACGAUACCGUGCGGCUGCGUGUACUGCUUCGUGUGCCUCGCGACGCGGCUAGAGCGCGAGGAAGGCGAGGGCUGGACGUGCCUGCGGUGCGGCGAGCACGUCAAGGAGUGCCGGCCCUGGAGCGGCGACGUGCUGGAGCCGGUGGCGGAGCGGCGCAGGACGAGCGGCGCGGCCAAGGUGGUGGCCUUUUCCGACGACGUCACGGGCGGGCUGACGGAGCAGGACGAGGACGAGGAAGAGGAGGGUUUUGACGCGCUGGAGGAGUCUUUGGAGGCGGGAGGGUCAGAGGAAGAGGAGCAAUGAGGGGGGGGGUUACGGGGUUGUGAUGGUUGUGGUUGAGACGAUGAUGAUAUGAUUCCCCAAGAGAGAGGCCGGCGACAAGGAUGCCGGACAGAUAGAGAGAUGUAUUAUAGAUGGUCCUUGUACCAGCGCCGGCGGAGCACUGGCGAGGCUGUGGGUGACAAUGUACAACAUCUGGG